AUGCCAUCUAUGCUACCUGCUCUUCUGCUAAUUAGCAUUAUUUUCAUUGUUGUUUCUCCAAAUGGAGCUGUGGGAUCGUCACAAUUUUCUGCAAUGUUUGUGUUCGGAGAUUCAAUAGUGGAUGAUGGAAAUAACAACAACCUCAACACUCGCGCCAAAGCAAACUUUGUGCCUUAUGGCAUCGAUUUCAACAAGGGGCCAACUGGUAGAUUUUGUAAUGGCAAAACUAUCAUUGAUUUUCUUGGGGAUUUGUUGGGUCUUCCUUAUCUUCCAGCAUUUACAAGUACAAACACAACAGGGACUAACAUUCUCAAUGGAGUAAACUAUGCUUCGGCGGGUGCGGGGAUUCUUGAUGAGAGCGGACGACACUUGGGAGAUCGGUUUACCUUAACCCAGCAGGUGCAAAAUUUUCAAACCACCUUGAACCAACUAAAGAGCCAAAUGAAUGCGGAGCAAUUGAGUCAAUAUUUGGCCAAAUCCUUAGUUGUGAUGAUCCUUGGCAGCAAUGACUACAUAAACAAUUAUCUCUUACCAUCACUUUAUCCCACAACCUCCAAGUUGAAGCCCAAAGACUAUGCUGAUUUGCUCAUAAACUGCUACACACAACAAAUACUGGCACUACGAGGCUUAGGUUUCAGAAAGUUUGUGUUGGCAGGAGUUGGGCCACUUGGCUGCAUUCCUAGCCAACUAGCAAGCGGUGCUGCCCCACGAGGGAAAUGUGUAUCAUUUGUUAAUGAUAUUGUAGGACUAUUCAACCAACAACUAAGCCCUCUCGUUGAUCAACUCAAUGCAAACCACUCCGGGGCUAUUUUUGUUUAUGGCAAUACUUUCACAGGUUUCACUGACAUACUCAAUAACCCUCGUAGUUAUGGAUUCUGGGUGACCGAUAGAGCUUGUUGUGGUUUUGGAAGGCACCAAGGGCAAGUAAGUUGCCUUCCAUUCUUUUUCCCAUGCUUGUUUAGGGACCAAUAUGUCUUCUGGGACGCCUUCCAUCCAACCCAAGCUGUUAAUAAGAUUAUUGCUCAAAGGGCUUAUACUGGUCCUCCUUCAGAUUGCUACCCAAUCAAUGUGAAGCAAAUGGCAGAAAUGUGA